AUGCAAAGCACUCAAGGGAGCGACGCGGUCGAGGCGUGCAGGUGCAACGCGGGCUACACGGGGCAGGACGGCGGGGAGUGUAGGGCGUGCAAGGCGGGGACGUACAAGAGCGAGGCAGGGUCGGCCAACUGCACGGCCUGUCCGGGCAACGCCAGCAGCCCGCCAGGCAGCGACGCGGUCGAGGCGUGCAGGUGCAACGCGGGCUACACGGGGCAGGACGGCGGGGAGUGUAGGGCGUGCGAGGCGGGGACGUACAAGAGCGAGGCAGGGUCGGCCAACUGCACGGCCUGUCCGGGCAACGCCAGCAGCCCGCCAGGCAGCGACGCGGUCGAGGCGUGCAGGUGCAACGCGGGCUACACGGGGCAGGACGGCGGGGAGUGUAGGGCGUGCGAGGCGGGGACGUACAAGAGCGAGGCAGGGUCGGCCACCUGCACGGCCUGUCCGGGCAACGCCAGCAGCCCGCCAGGCAGCGACGCGGUCGAUGCGUGCAGGUGCAACGCGGGCUACACGGGGCAGGACGGCGGGGAGUGUAGGGCGUGCGAGGCGGGGACGUACAAGAGCGAGGCAGGGUCGGCCAACUGCACGGCCUGUCCGGGCAACGCCAGCAGCCCGCCAGGCAGCGACGCGGUCGAGGCGUGCAGGUGCAACGCGGGCUACACGGGGCAGGACGGCGGGGACGAGGCAGGGUCGGCCAACUGCACGGCCUGUCCGGGCAACGCCAGCAGCCCGCCAGGCAGCGACGCGGUCAAGGCGUGCAGGUGCAACGCGGGCUACACGGGGCAGGACGGCGGGGAGUGUAGGGCGUGCGAGGCGGGGACGUACAAGAGCGAGGCAGGGUCGGCCACCUGCACGGCCUGUCCGGGCAACGCCAGCAGCCCGCCAGGCAGCGACGCGGUCAAGGCGUGCAGGUGCAACGCGGGCUACACGGGGCAGGACGGCGGGGAGUGUAGGGCGUGCAAGGCGGGGACGUACAAGAGCGAGGCAGGGUCGGCCACCUGCACGGCCUGUCCGGGCAACGCCAGCAGCCCGCCAGGCAGCGACGCGGUCGAGGCGUGCAGGUGCAACGCGGGCUACACGGGGCAGGACGGCGGGGAGUGUAGGGCGUGCAAGGCGGGGACGUACAAGAGCGAGGCAGGGUCGGCCAACUGCACGGCCUGUCCGGGCAACGCCAGCAGCCCGCCAGGCAGC